GAGAGAAACUCCGCUUUUCCUAGUCGCGGUUGGUCGACGGUGGUUGGUGUGGUGUCGGCCAUGACGGCGGCGGGCGCGUAGGAACUAAGGAACAUCGAGGGCAGUGCCGCGGUAGUAUUCGAUGCGGUAACGUUGCUGCUGGGUGGAUCUGCUCUUUAUUCGCGUCGUCGUCGUCUCGCGAUUACGUUCGCGCGGUGAGACAAAUAGGUGGAGGAAGGUGGGAAGAGCGGUGGAGAGCAAGAGGGAGAAGAGAGAGAGAGAGAGAGAGAGAGCGAGAGCGGCGGGCGACGAGAGGAGGAAUCUGUCGCGCGGCGCGCGUCCGGGGCGGCGUCCGCCGGUAGUCGCGUCAUUCGCGCGAUACGCAAUUUCUCCAUAUCGCCGCCGCCGAGGAACUAUUUGAAAAUGGCGCGAGUAACAAGGGCCGUGGCCCCCGCCGUUCUGUACGGCGUCGUUUCGUGAUCUGGAGAACCGGAGGAUCACCAGCCGCCGCUGCCGUCGCCGAACUGACCUGUCGAUUUGGGGCGCACGAGAGAGCGAGAGAGGAAGAGAAAGGAGAGAGAAGGAAAGAGUUGUUUAUACGUGCUACGCAACGCAACGCUACGCUACGCUACGUUACGGCGCAGCUGGUGUGUCUGUCGCCUGUCUCUUCGACUUCGACUUCGACUUCGACUCGGCUGCUUCGGAGUGCCAAGCGGAGAGAACCAAGCCCCGUUUCCCUCCUCCCGCCUCCUCCCGCCGAUCGUCCGUGUCAUUGUUCGCCGCUGCUGCGUCGUCACGAGCACGGCGGAGGCUGCUCUCGCCGCGUAUCGCAGGUAGACGAAUAGAACGAAAACAUGCCGGAAGAACAAAAGACCGCUGCUGCUCCAGUGGAAGCAACGGCGGAAAAUGGGACUGGGACAAACUCGCCCACGAAGAGCCCGGUUAGCAGAGGAAAGUUGGCUCUUGCCAAAGUUACUCUCCUCGAUGGUACUGUAAAGGAUUUUUAUAUUGAUAGGAAGGCGAGGGGCCAAGAACUUCUCGAUAUGAUUUGUCAAAGCAUGAAUCUGCUGGAGAAAGAUUACUUCGGCCUUAUCUACGAGGAUAGACACGAUCCGCGCAAUUGGUUGGAUCUUUACAAGAGAAUCACGAAAUUUGUAAAAACUGAACCAUGGAAGUUCAACUUCGAAGUGAAAUUCUAUCCACCGGAUCCGGCUCAAUUGCACGAGGAUAUCACGCGUUAUCAGUUAUGCCUGCAAAUUAGAAACGAUAUUAUUACAGGGCGUUUACUCUGUUCCUUCGUGACACAUGCUCUCCUGGGCUCCUAUUUGGUUCAAUCGGAAGUUGGAGAUUACGAUCCCGAGGAACACGGAAGAACAUAUUUGAAAGAUUUUAAAUUUGCCCCUAACCAAACACCCGAAUUAAUCGAGAAAGUGAUGGAUCUCCACAAGACGCAUAAAGGUCAAACACCCGCCGAGGCAGAAUUACACUAUCUCGAAAAUGCGAAGAAAUUGGCUAUGUAUGGUGUGGAUCUUCACCCCGCGAAAGAUUCGGAAAGUGUUGAUAUAAUGUUAGGUGUUUGCGCUUCGGGCCUUCUUGUUUAUAGGGAUCGUUUAAGAAUUAACAGGUUUGCUUGGCCGAAAAUAUUGAAAAUAUCUUACAAGAGACACAAUUUUUACAUUAAAAUCAGACCGGGCGACUUUGAACAGUUUGAAUCCACAAUCGGAUUUAAAUUAGCGAAUCACAGAGCAGCGAAAAAGUUAUGGAAAGUGUGCGUGGAGCACCAUACUUUCUUCAGACUUAUGAGUCCAGAACCUGUGAAGAAAGUGGGAUUAAUUCCACAUUUAGGGUCUCGUUUUCGAUAUUCUGGAAGAACUCAUUAUGAAACGAAAAAGACUCCUAUCGAUAGGCAACCUCCGCAGUUUGAAAGGUCUUUGAGUGGCCGACGACUUACAUCCAGAAGUAUGGAUGCAUUAGGUGGGCCUAAACCAGUUGAAGCGUAUGGUUCCGAACCAAGCAAACGACAUACUAUGAGUUACGAGCCUGAAAUGCUUCCCGAUGAUAUAGAACAUAUAGACAGACGGCCUAGUCCAAUCAAGAAGCAAAAAGAGAAGCUCACACGAAAAACAAGUGCGGGAACAACAUCAGCUAGCAGUACCAGUAGCCUGGAAGGAGAAUACGAUGCAGAUCGUGGGAGAAAGAAACCGGUCGGGGGAAUCGCUGUCCUACCGCCCGGUGGUGUAUCAAAGAAGAAGAAGGACAAACAGAAUGAAAAUGAAAAGGAAAAUCACAAUGAUCUGAAUAAUACUGAUCUGAUUAAUGACAAUGCUCAUCUUGACAGUAUUGAUGAUAAAUCACUAUCUAAAAAAGAAUCAAAAAAGAAGGAUAAAGAAACCCCCGAAAAAAUGGAUAAAGAAAAGAAGGAAAAAAUCAAGAGUCCUGUUGGCGGUUUCCUGUUUAUCAAGAAGGACAAGGAUAAGAAACAGAAAAAGAACAAAGAACUCGAUGAAUCUACGGACAAAAGUGAUGCCGAAUCGAAUCUUUCUACGUUGGAGAAACAGAGUAAAGAAGUCGAUAAGAAAGUAGAUAAAAUCCAAGAGCCCAAGUCGGAUAAGAUCCAAGAGACAAAGUCGCCUCAGCUUCCUGGUUAUACGAAACCUUACGAUUACGAAGAAACGGAAGCUUCGCCUACAAGAAAACCGUUCACCCCACUUGGUUUUACGUACGAAGAUCGACCUGCAUCGCCAGGUGUACAAGACCAACCAUCGCCUACGUCAGCUAGUCGGAAAGCUACAGGAUUAGCGUUCAAUUAUGCUCCAGGAGAAGAGAAAAAGGUAGCAGAAUCCGUGGAAAAGAGGAAAACGAAGGAAGCUGACAAACAAGCACCAGGAUUGAAAACACCAGGGCUCAAUUAUGUGGAGUCUGCUGGCCUUAAAGAGCAACAAAAGAGCGCUGCGAAACCAGAUACCGAGAAGAACCUAACGACAGCUUUGAUUGCUAGUGAACGUCAACAUGGAGAUGCUAUCGGCCAAUCUGUAACAGUCCCAUCGCCAGCGCCAGUGGAAUCUAAACCAGAUUAUCACAUUCUGCCUCUUCCCGAUGGCUCAAGGAUCAUCGGAGGUGUGAUUUAUACCAAAGAAGGUAAACCGUUAGAUCAGAGCCACCUCGGACCAGACGGUAGCAAGGUAGUAGAUGGCAAAGUUUACGGAAAAGAUGGUAAACCGUUGAAGAAAGCGGACUUCGGGCCGCAUGGGAUUCACGUCAGCAAUGGUAUAAUUACUGGGAAGGAUAACAAACCUUUCCAUCAGGAGAUAUUGGGUACAGAUAGAAAUUCAAUAAAGAAUGGAAUUAUUUAUUAUCCUAAUGGUGAAGUGGUGAAACAGUCUUUCCUUGGGCCGGAUCAUGCAGUCGUUAAAGAUGGGAAGGUAACACAGAAGAACGGUAAACCGAUUCAACAUUGUCCCUUAGGUGCAGACGGAACGUACGUGAAAGAGGGUCUCAUAUUUACGUCAGAAUCUAAACCUAUGACUAAAGGAUCGUAUGAUGCGGACGGAAAGCAUAUAGUUGCCGGUGUAGUGUGUAACGAAGAAGGCAAGCCUUUGAAUCAGAUCGCGAUUAUACCCGACGACACAUUUAUUUGUGACGGCUUAAUACAUGGACGGGACGGAAAACCACUUAACACGGGCAAAUUAGGUCCUGAAGGCCAUUACAUCGCAGAGGGAAAAAUUUACUCGAAAGACGGUAAACUGAUUAAACAUGAGUCCUUCAGUUCUGACGGAUCUGUCGUGAAAGACGGUAUAAUUUACUCGAAAGACGGAAAAUUCCUGACUCAAGGAUCCUUGCUACCAACCGGUGCUCAUUUAAAGGAUGGCAAAGUAGUCGGCAAGGAUGGUAAACCCAUCAAGCACGCGUUUUAUAAAUCUGAUGGUAGUUUCGUGAAAGACGGUGUGCUAUAUGGAAACGACGGCAGACCUUUGAGUCAAAUUCCAUUGAUAGCCGAUGGUUAUUUCAUCAAAAAUGGUUUGGUGCACAACAGAUACAAUAAGCCCUUGUCUCAAGGUCUCUUUAAGCCUGACGAUCUUAUAGUCAGGGAAGGUAUAUUACGCAACGCGGAUGGUACAGUAUUGUCAAACGCUACGCUCGGUCCUGACGGAUUUGUAGUGAAAGAUGGCACAAUUCUGGGAAAAGAUGGUAAGCCAGUAAAACACGAAUCAUUCGGUUCAAAUGGAAAUCAUAUAAAGAAAGGUAUCGUUCUCGCGAAAAAUGGAAAGCCGCUUAAUCAAGAUUCGCUGGUGCCCGAAGGUGCGGCUAUUAAAGACGGCAAGAUAUGUAGCAGGGACGGGAAAGUACUAAAAUUCUCAUUCUUUAAACCGGACGGUAGUUAUGUCAAGGAUGGUCUUAUUUACGGUAGCGAUAAUAAACCAUUGAGCUUGAACGCAGGUUUACCGGAAGAUAGUUUUAUCGUCAAUGGCGUAAUAUUCGAUUCUUCGGGAAAACCCUUGAGCAGAGAUUCAUUUGGAUCCGAUGGUUCGUAUGUCGCGGGUGGAUUGGUCUACAGUAAAGACGCUAAAAUCGUGGCACAAGGUGUAUUCGGUCCCGACGGCAACACGAUUCGAAAUGGCGUUAUCAUAGGAAGAGAUAGCAAGCCUUUAACACAAGAUGACAAGGGUCCAGACAAUAUAGCGGUCGACAAUGGAAAGAUCGUGGAUAAUCGUGGAAAUCCGAAGAAUUUGUCCUCGUUAGUACCUGAAGGAUGUUAUAUACGAGAUGGAGUAGUCUACGAUAAAAAUGGACAGCUGUUGAAGCAAGGUGCCUUUAAGCCAGACGGAUGUUAUAUUCGGGACGGUCUAAUAUAUGGAUGGGGAGGCCAAUUACUGAACGCGGGAUCCGAACUACCCGGUGGCAGCUAUAUCGAAGAGGGUAGGCUAUAUGGAAAAGACCGUAAACCCUUGAAUCAUGCUGCGUUUGGUAUCGAUGGUAACUUCAUCGAAAACGGUGUCAUUUAUGGAAAGGAUAGAAGACCGCUCGGUCACGGCACGUUCAGCAAUGACGGCAGUUACAUACAAAACGGUUUACUAUAUGAAUCAAACGGAAAGCCAUUGACCAAGAAACAGUCCAUAAUCACCGUUACAUUUGUCCGCUACGGCCUGGUUUGCGAUGAUGAUGGCAAACCAUUGAGAUACGGCAAUUUUGAUGAUGAGGGCAGCGUGAUCAAAAACGGCAGGAUUUAUGAUGACGCGGGAAGAUAUCUCGACAAAAAUAUUUACGGCAUGGACUGUAGCUUCAUUAAAGACGGUCUGAUUUACGAACGCAACGGGAAGCCUUUCACUCACGUAAACUUGCCGCCGGAAAGCAGUUUCAUCAAAAACGGCAAGGUUUACGACGCGAACGGUCAGCCAUUGACGCAGGAGGCAUUCGGACCGGAAGGUCUUAAAGUUAUACAGGGUGUCGUGGUAGACAAAACUGGGAAACCGGUGAAGCGGGCGAAUUUCGAUUUCGACGGGAAUAUUGUCGAGGAUGGAAUAAUUUGCACGCCUACUGGAAAACCGCUCGAUAAACAUUAUACGACUAUCAUGAAUACGACAGUGCGUGAAGGACUGGUAUGUGACAAGGAUGGAGACCCAAUUGGACAAGCGCCGUUCGAAACUAACGGUGGUUUCGUCAAAGAUGGCAAGAUAUAUGACAAAUUUGGAAAACCAUCCGAUCAGGAGCUCUUUGCCAUGGACGGAUCGUACGUAAAGAACGGUGUGGUAUAUGGAAACAAUGAUCAGCCGAUAGUGGACAGCACGACAAUAUUGGAGGACUUGAAAGUAAUGGUGAAACCUAUGAAAUUAAAGAGACCCGCGGUCCCAGCUGUGAUACCGACAAUCGUGAAAACAACGACCAAGCAAUCGGUGGUCAAGGAUCAGGAAGGUGUGACGCAAAAUAUUCAGGAAAAAAUUGAGGAUCUUACACCCGGUGGUACAGGUCAAGUCACGGUCUCCACUCACGUCAACAAGGCAGAGGCACCAGAUGAUGGUAGAACUCCGUACAUGACAGCGACAGCUGUCACUACACGGACCGCGACGAUGCAUGAAGAUCUCGAGAAGAAUCAGAAGACAAGUCAGGUAGAGGAAAAAACUGUAGCUCAUACAACCGCGACUAGUGCAACGAGACAAGAACAACGUGUAGUAACACAAGAAGUUCGAACCACGAGUCAUGUGCUUUCCGGCGAGCAGCUGUACUCACGAAGGAUAAGUUCGUCGAGCUCGAGCAGCGGAGAUUCGGGUACCCCGAUUGAUCUUGACGAUGACCAACAGGCUUUCUACAAUCAAUAUUAUCAGGGAGAUCCAGCUGUGAUUGCAACAGAGAAGCAUGUUUAUACAGGAGAACCGGAUAGUAACGUAACAACGACAACUACUGUACCUGUAGUGGCAACUGAAACAAGAAAAGUAGCUCUCGAAAGUGAAGAUGGUAACUAUAGUGCCACAGGAGAGAUAGUCAGUACGCAAACCAUAUCUAGCAAAACCCGUACUGUUGAAACUAUCACGUACAAAACAGAGAAGGAUGGCGUAGUUGAGACCCGAGUGGAGCAAAAGAUAACGAUACAAUCAGAUGGCGAUCCGGUUGAUCACGAUCGGGCUUUGGCAGAAGCGAUACAGGAAGCUACUGCUAUGAAUCCGGAUAUGACAGUAGAAAAGAUAGAAAUACAGCAGCAAACGACGCAGUAAUUAGUGGAGGAUUGUCCGUCGUACAUACAUAAAAGGGCACUCUUGGUCUAUAAAUAACAAACGAUUCAUAAUCUUACAGACUAGGAAAACAAAUUGGUAUUUACAGUAUAUGCUACAUAUUGGAUGCAUUGUUUAAUGUGUCGUAAAAAGAACCAGACUGAAAUGCUAUAAAAAAAUGUCGAUAAGUCUUUAAAUAUUUUAUCAAGUUAAUACAAAGCAAGGAACAAUACUAAGCUUUAUAUCUUUUCUCUUAAGGUCAAAGAAAAUUCUGUUUGCGGCUUGCCCGACGAUUCGAGCUUAAACUCGAUUGAAAAUCGAGUUUGAUAGUUGAAAGAAAUAAAAUAUUGAUGAAAUCUUUUUAAAGAAGAGAGAAUGGUACCUCGUACUAUAAACUACAGUGUUCAUAUUAAAGUAACUAAGAAAGUGUAUUUAUAUACACGAGGACAUAAAUAUUAUAUAAUGUAUACAUAGCUAUGUAUGUAUGUAAACAAAGGAUAAACUAUUUAUACAUAGUUAUGGCGAUAAUUAUAUAUAUAUAUAUAUAUAAAUAUAUAAAAGACGGGGUGCCCUGCAACUUAAGAUUUUGAUAAUGAGUAUUUCAUAAUAAUAAAAAGAGAAAUAAUUGCAGUCAUACAAAAAAUAACUAAUACAAUAUAAAUUAUUGAAAAUUUUACAGUAAAGUAACAUCAGAAUAUUCGAAAUUUGAAAUACUAAUAUCGAAAUAUUGAUAGUCAACCAAGUCUAUUUGAAAUAUAUUCCCUUCGAUUUAUCGGAAUCCUUUGUCCUCUAACGAAAACUCUUAUUACUUUCUCUCUUUCAUCUUUGAGUGUAAUAUAUUACAAGUUGUUAAUACUAACUAAAAUAUGCUGAGUCAAAAUAUUCGUAUAAAGAAACGAGUAAAAUAUGUUGUAAUGGGUUAUAUAUAUUAUAUAUAUAAAACAUAAUUUUAUCGAUCCGUUAAAAAAAAAACUCAAAGAUGAAUUGAUAGAAAGUAAGAUUAAGUAAUAGUUAAACAAAAUAGCUCUACUACAUAUAUUGUCUGUUGUAAUGCUUAAAUGCAAUAAGAUAAGCUUCUCGGCAAAAAGUAUAUGUAUAGUUUGACUAUCUGUAACAUUGAUAUUGGCUUUCCAAACGAUUAUUACGUAACAUUGUGUGACAGAGUCAGAAUAUAUGUUACAUAUUAAUAUAUAUACAUAUAUACAUACAUAUAUUGCUAAUAGAUAGAAAUAUUUGAUAUCGUCAAUUUUGUACAUUUAAAAAAUGUUAGUGUUAUGUUACAGGAAAGAUACAAAAAUUAUGUUGGUCGAGUAUUGUAUCAUUUUUUAUGUUGCAGCUAUAUAUAUAAUAAUGAGAGAUAUACAAUAUAUUGGCGGAAACUGUACAUUUCAUUAUAUGUUCAAUUAUUAUGAUUAAUAUAAAUAGGCUCAUAUAUGUAUGUAUAUAUGUAUGUACGUAUGUAUGAUGUAUAAAACUUUAUACCAAGAGCAAUGACAUGCAUUGGUCAGCGUAUAUGUCUAAAUUUAGCUGUAGCUUAUGUAGUUAUAGAACUACAAUUUUACAUAAACUUUCAUUAGUUUAGUGAUUUAUUUUCCAUUGCGAUUUGAAUAAAAAUAAAUCUAACAUACAUUUUCAAUGAAAAGAAUGGUGCAUUUUAAUUUUUGCAGCUUUGUAUAAACUUUAAUUUAUGCAAAUUAUUUUAAACGAAAAAAAUCAUUACGCGAAUAUAGUAUACCGUAUUUUACCAGGCUUGUGUAUACCUUUGUUCUUUGAUGUAUUAUUUUUUAUUAAUUAUAAAUAGUAUUUUAGAGUCUAUUUCUUUGAUUUUAUUUAUUAUAGAAACUAAUUACAAAGAGAAUAUAUAUAUUUUCUCGAAAAAUAUAAAUACUUUGUUUAUAGGUACGAAUGUACUUUAAACGAAAGAAGCUUCUUGUUUUCCAUUUUUUUACAUUUAUAUUUUUAUAAAAAUGUAGAUUGUUAAUAUCCCUAAAAAUUUGAAAGAAUAUUUGUUCUCAUAGUUUUUAUUCUUACCUAAUACUUUGUUUUGUUGCUACAGAAAGUAUAUAUUUUAUAUAUAAAAUACUGAUUAAUAUUUUUUUUUUUUUUUUUUUUUUUUAGGCAUAGUCAGUUCUCUAGAGUAAACUAUUUCCGUCUAGAUUUUAUUUAAAUGAAGUAACAAUAUAAGGAACAAAGGAUUAUUACAGCCUAUUUAUAUAAGAAAUUUUAUAUUACUGAUCGCUUGCUCUAUACAUUACAUGAUAAAUGGCGAUAUGAUAGUUGCCUGUGUGCCACAAAAUAUAUAUUGGUUCAUUACAUCUCUCAUUACUAUUUCAUGAUAUAAGAUUAUAUCUUUAGAUACGCUCAAGACAAUGCUAUGAUUUUAUAUAUAAUUUCCAAUGAUUACUAGUGAAAUGAUUACCUGUUCUUUACGUAUACACAUAUCGCGAAACAGGUGUCUCAAGAUUCUGUGAAUAACAUUUUAAUGAGCUGCAUAUCAUUUUUCGGUUUCCUCUUCUUUAUCGUAUGAAAACUAAAAGAUGUUUUAUAUUAUAUCUAACAUUCCAUGCUUAUAGUGACUAACAUAUAUAUGUAUGUCUUAUAAAUAUUUGUAUUAUUUUUGUUAUUUAUUCCUGUUUUUUAAGAAUAUACUUUUAUGUUAAGUCUGCUUGGAGAACACACGUGUAUGCUUAUGUAAUAGCAAUAUAAUUCCAAGUCAGUAAAAUAGAAAGGUAAUUCAGAUUUCUCCAAUUGCGAAAAUACAAAUAUUGCUUAUUAAUUUUAUAAAUCGAUGCAAUGAAUUUAUACAUGAAUAAAUAAUCAUAUAAGCUUUACAAAUGAUGUACAGAUCUUCAAGCAGCGUACAAAUCUAGUUCGUAAGUUUAUACUUUAGCACUUUUGUUGUUUAGUUUAUUGGAAAUAUUAUAUUGCAUAUUUAAUAUGUAAUAGUUACCCAGCUUAUAAAGAUUAAUUAUAUUUUUAUUGCAUUUGAACACUUUGUAUCGUGUGACAUCGCGAAUUUAUACACAUUUAUUUUAUAUUUAUCUGUGACCAAUUUUAUUUAAUAUGUACAUUACAGUAAAUUCAUAUAUAUGAAAGUAA